GAUUAAUCCAGUCGAGUAUUUACGAUGCGAUUAGCAGUCAUUGACACGCUAUGAUUUUUGAGCGCCGAUUAGAUUAAACGCGAAUCUGUCGAGUGUCCGUCCCCCUGUCUUAUCGCUUUCACGGCCAAAUAACUUCUGCCCUGUUCUAUUAUCGACCAUCUCGUUCUCUCCCCCUCUCUCUCGUACAAGAAUCCCUGAUAAAGGAGCUGAUACGGAGGAUACGGAAGAGGAUGCGGUUAGGCGGUGAUAGGAAGUCUCUGGGUCACUUUACGAUUUUACUCGACUUGUCGACGAAAUUUUUUUCCCGUUGUAGUCGCUCUUCAUGUGCCAUUCCGAUGCAACGUGUCCGCGUGCGUGCGUGUGUGUGUGCGUGCAGACGUGAAAUUUGCACAAUCGAAUACUUUUGUAAUCGAGAGAGAGCACGUAUUGUGAAAUUCAGGAUUAGACAGCUGUUUAAGCGUGCGUAAAUCAUGACGACUAAUUCGGACGAUCAGACACUUUCGAGCACCGACAGCAGUUGUUUCCCGUCACCCAAGUGCAAAACGUCUUUGAGACUGCGAUUGGGUCGUGUCUUCAGCUCGGGCGGACUGAAGAGCCCGAAAAGUCCCAAGAGCGUGUCCAGCUCCCGCGGUUCGAGUCCUAAUCGCGGUAGUCCUCACGCCAAAACCAGAUACUCUUGGCAACCGGGGAUCUUCGCCAGCGAAGAGAACCGAUCGCCGCGUACGCCGGAGAGCGGGAUCUCGUCAUCGUCGUCCUCGAAAUCACCGUUGACCAUCAACGCACCCAAGAGUCCGUCUACACCGACGAAAAACGUCUCAUGGUACACUGACGAUAGGAGGCAGCAGCUGGAGCAAUCAGUAUAUUGCGAACCCGAGUCUCGGCGAGCCACUACUAACGUGGAAGAUGAUAGGCAGGACGUGCAAGGUACCAAUCCGGAGAAAGUCAAGAGCACAACGCAGGAUCUGUUCGAAUUGCUCGAGCGAGUGCAGAGUUCGCGUCUUGACGACCAACGCUGCGUUUUGCCAUCGUAUUUCUCUCAGACUCCGAGAGGAGAUGAUAGGACCACGUCGAGCCCUGGAGCGCCCAGCAAUCACACUCCCGCGUUGUCACCGUCGCCGGUGGGCGACGCGCCCUUGGGAAGGGCGCUCAUGGAAGCGGCUUUGCAGCAGCAGGUUGCAUCCGGUGCCCAGCCGCCCUUAGUCGUCACGCCGUCCGGAUAUUGGGUCGACGGUACCGACCACCGACAUACCCUCGACUCGGCCGGCAGAGCGUUGCUGCCGGCGCAACCGGCCUGGCAGCCCAGGAUAGACCAAGACGAUACGGCCAAGUGUUAUCGUCGCUUUUUCGUCGGCAGGGAGCACGUGAACCUCGUGGGAAGGGACGGUGAGAACGGCCCGGUCCUGGUCUCGGUGAAGGCCGAGACGGUCGCCGGACAGGAACAUUGGCGGGUGUUGCUGCGACUGCGAGCGGGAUCGACGCACGACCUGGUCCCGGCUGCGAAUCUCAGCCCGAAUCCUACGCCGGCAAAAAUGGUCAAGGCGAUCAACGAGUCCUUGAACGUGAGCACCCUGAUGCCGGUCAUGUGCCCCGGCGCCGGCACUCUGAUAGCCCGAUACGACGAGCACGCGCUCGUCUCGAGGUUCAAGUUCGGCGUUCUUCAUCAGCGAGCCGGCCAAGUGACGGAGGAGCAGCUCUUCGGCAACCGGCAGAUCACGCCGGCCUUCCAAGAGUUCCUCGACCUGCUCGGCCAGAAGAUCGAUCUCAAAGAUCACAAGGGGUAUCGCGGCGGCUUGGACACGCGGCACGGCCAGACCGGAGACUCGGCGGUGUACGAGGUGUUUCGCGGACGCGAGGUGCUCUUCCACGUGGCGUCGCUGCUCCCGUACAGCCCGGGCGAUUCGCAGCAGUUGCAGCGCAAGCGGCACAUCGGCAACGACAUAGUCGCGAUCAUAUUUCAGGAGGAACCGACGCCCUUCAGCCCGGACAUGAUCGCCAGCCACUUCCUGCACGCCUUCAUCAUCGUGCAGGUCAUCGACCCCUGCACUCCUAAUACGAGGUACAAAGUUAGCGUGACGGCGCGCGACGACGUUCCCUGGUUCGGGCCGACACUGCCGACGCCGGCGGUCUUCCUCAGAGGCGUCGAAUUCAAGGAGUUCCUGCUGACGAAGCUGGUGAACGCCGAAAACGCCGCGUACAAAGCCGAAAAGUUCUCCAAAUUGGAACUGCGGACCAGGUCGGCCUUGUUGGAGUCGCUGACGGAAGAACUGCAAAGUAAAACCGCCGAUUUCCUCGGCGGACCGGUCGGCCUGAGCACCUCCGGCCUGAACGUCUGUCCGGUAAGCCCGAGCGACGUGUCCGCUUCCGGCAGCAGCGGCAGCGGCUCGCGAUUCAUCGACACCGUUCGCAAGGCGCUGAUCUCGCGCGUGCGAAACGCGUCGACGGAGAGCGUGCCGCAGCAACUGGCGAAGAAGGGUGGUCAGACCACGGAGCCCAGUCCGCCGAGCAAUCGGCAAUCCACCAGCAGCAAGAUAAGCAGCAAGCGCUCGGUCGAGCCGUCGAGUCCUCUCGGCUCGCCGGAUCUCACCCUGAGGAGGGACUCGGAGCGCGGUAGUCUGGGUAGCCAGGACAGCAGCUUGUCCAACACCGACAAUCAAGACAGCAGCCUCGCGACGCUGCAGCAGGACGAGUUCGAUCGCAAGGACAACGACACCACCGUCGUAGACAAGACGACGUCGGCGGCGGUGCAGCGAUUGACGCACGAGAAUCUGCUGCGCACGCAGGAAGUAACGCAACGUGUCAUCUCGGAGAGCGAUGACAGCUCGCUCAACAGCGAGCUCGAGCUCGAUCAGGCCGUGUACCCCGACAGUGACACGGGUCUCGAAUCUAUGAGCUCCGCGGAGACCCACGACACCGCCAGGUGCACGACCAAGGACGGCGUCGCGGAGAACGAGAACCUGAGGAUGGAGGUCACCAGGCUCAAGUGCGACAAGCUGGAUCUUCUGCGGCAGAAUGUGACGUGCCAACGCGAGCUCAAGCGUCGUCGAGAAAAGGAGCUGCAGCUAGAGUCCGAUCUAGCGGCGGCGUCUAAGGAGAUCCUACGACUGCGGGCGAUGCUCAAGGAGUGUUCCACGAGCAUUCCUCUGGACAACAACAAUCAGCAGACGUCCACCGUGUGAAGUUCGCCGGCGGACGACGCGCGUUCACAAUCGCAAUUGUAAAUAGCGAAUGGCGCGCGCCGUCCGUGAUCGACUGCGCGCGUCGUCCGUCGACGCGCGUCUCAAUUCGGUUUUUCAUUUAUCUCGCGAUCGCAACUCAUACGAUCCUCUUCGUAUGUGCCGUUUCUUUCACCCGUUAGUUGUCGCGCGCAGUCCGAGAGAACGCAGCCGACAGAGAUCCUUCGGAGAUCACUCGACGGGUCUCAAAAUACUUAAAAACACCACGUACCUUCCGUUCAGGAAUGAGAAAUCGCCACUUCCAAAGGUCUACCAUAUAGUGCUCCUUAAGAGCAGAGCGUGUACGUUUUGCGAUUUAAAUGCUUUACGCCGCGAAGUUUGAUCGUACGAGCUUUCUUCCGUUUAGGCAGACACAAGUUCUAUGUGAGUCAUAUACCAGGUAGGAUUAUUAGAGAGCGGCGGGAGAGGGAUCGCCGCGAGAAGCAGUGAGUCCCCGAGAGACGUGCAAAUCUGAGAUCGUUUAGAGCUCUGUUCGUACGGUACACACGCGUAAUAUUUAUCGACUAAUUUAUUAGUAGACUUAAGUUGGACCGAUCGCAGUCAAUAUGUAAGACACGAGAAGGAAAGAGGGAAUCAAAAAAAAAUUCGAAGGGAGAAGAAAAACGCGGCCGGUCGCUCUAAUUAUCGAUGGUUCGAAAUACAUUCAGCGAGACAAAGCGACCGAGUUAUCCUCGUGAGGCAUCGCGGCCGAAGAAAUAUCGCAUUUGUGUGUGCUACGAUUACAUGUUAGAAAGUCAAUAAUAACAAUACGUAACUCUCCGCUUAUUCCUCCGUAGCAGACGACAAGGUUAUGAUUGGGGCAAGACUCUCUCUUCUUUCGACAAAAUGCGAGUUUACGCACGGUCGUCGAGUAGCUCCGCGAUUAUAGACGGAACAUGUAUGUCGCUAGUUGCAGUAUUCGUCACGAUAGACUCACACAUGUACACACCCGUUUACUAGUUUCCUAGUAUUAGAUAUACUCAAUGAAGAUAGUUUUUAGCGAGUACCUACGAACGCGCAAUUCAAUACGCGUCGUCGUCUAAACGCGCGUCUACGCCUGCUAGUUUUAGCAAAAAAAGAUAUUAUUUCUCUCUCGCGCGGGAUUCUAAGAGUUUUUCCUUUUUUUCUUCUUUUCUUAACCUAACUGCACACCGCACCAAAUUAUCUGAGCGUAUGUAUCAAGUUUUGCUACCGUAUCUAUCUAUCGGUAACUUUCUCGCGCAAACGGACGUUGCGUUUAUUAUCGUUCGCGCAAUGUAAGUUAGUUAGUUAGGUAUACUUUGUAUUCGUUCGGUUGACAAGUGUCGUCCCUCUGUUAUCUCUUACGGCUAGUAUUAAUACGACUCUUACCAUUAUUAUUAUUAUUAUUAUAUUAUUACUAUCAAUAUUAUUAUUUUUAUUAGUAUUAGUAUUUUUUUUUAUUAACACCGAUUAUUUGUUAUACUUUGUGUAAAAGUUUUGUAAAUAAUCGUUGAAAUGUAGGCGAACACUCGAAGGCGAUACCGGCACAAAAGAGGAACAAUACGACGUUCACUCACACGUAAUACCAAAGUUUAAUGUAGUAAACUCGCGCGUUUUCUCGUUUUA